ACAACGUAGGAAUAUUUAUAUGUAAGCAGUACCAAUUACAACAGCUAGAUGGAGCUAGACGCUAGUCAACACACAAUAUAGGCCACAGCAAUCAAACAAGUAAACGUAUCAUGUAGAUUCUCUCCAGUCGUUUCCACGACAAGACCAGCAGGCAAUGAGAUAAACCCCGCCCAGCCAACAUGGCGCCACCAUCAAUUACUUCGCCGCUCUAAACCAAGGGAGGAGCUUUGCCAGGAGUUGGGCAUUUCCUGUUAGGUCAUUUUAGACUGGCAUUUUUAAAUCAGCCGCAGUAAUGAGCCGGAGGUACCUGUGGUUAGCUGAGAGUGUCUGCAGUAGUAGGACAUCAUUUUAAAAUUUACUCGCCUUUUAUUUUAAGAAAUACUUGUAAUUUUGUGUCUAAUGUUUAAGGUCAAGAAAUAAUUAAUUUCCCGCUGCAGUGUUUCAAUCCAAGAAGAGUCGUGUUGUGUGGGUCCUCCAGUUUUUGAAUGAUAAGCUUUAAUUUUUAUGUUUCGAUUUUUUUGUAAGUUUACUCACGAUAGUGCGGUCGUCCCGUAAACCUGAAUGCAUUUUUCAAGCUUUUUCUUUUAAAGCAAAAAUAAAAUAUUUCCGUUACCCGCGGAAAAGGACUAAGGAAAUGUUUAAGAGGAAGAAGGAUCCUGAGGUGUUCCAGACUGUCAGCGAGGGGCUCAAGAAGCUCUACAGGACCAAGUUGCUGCCCUUGGAGGAUCAUUACAAAUUUCACGAGUUCCACUCGCCAUCCUUGGAAGAUGCCGAUUUUGACAACAAGCCCAUGGUCCUGCUGGUUGGUCAGUACUCCACUGGAAAGACCACCUUCAUUCGGUACCUGUUGGAGCAGGAAUUCCCUGGUAUGAGAAUUGGUCCAGAACCAACAACUGACUCCUUCAUAGCAGUGAUGCACGGUGAUGUGGAGGGGAUAGUCCCAGGAAAUGCCUUGGUUGUGGACCCCAAAAAACCUUUCCGGAAGCUGAAUGCAUUUGGCAAUGCGUUUCUUAACAGGUUUGUGUGUGCCCAGCUCCCAAACCCAGUGCUGGAGAGCAUCAGUAUCAUUGACACACCAGGUAUCCUGUCCGGGGAGAAACAGAGGAUCAGCAGAGGCUAUGACUUUGCUGCGGUGCUGGAGUGGUUUGCGGAGAGAGUUGACCGAAUCAUUCUCCUGUUCGAUGCCCACAAGCUGGACAUCUCAGAUGAGUUCUCUGAUGUGAUCAAGGCGCUGAAGAACCACGAGGACAAGAUCCGUGUGGUCCUGAACAAAGCUGACCAGAUAGAGACGCAGCAACUGAUGAGGGUCUAUGGUGCCUUGAUGUGGUCGCUGGGGAAGAUUGUCAACACUCCUGAGGUGAUCCGGGUUUACAUCGGCUCCUUCUGGUCUCACCCGCUGCACAUUCCUGACAACCGCAAGCUCUUUGAGGCAGAGGAGCAAGACCUCUUUAAAGAUAUUCAGAGUCUACCCCGAAAUGCUGCUUUGAGGAAGCUGAAUGACCUGAUCAAGAGGGCAAGGCUUGCCAAGGUUCAUGCCUACAUUAUUAGCUCUCUGAAGAAAGAGAUGCCUGCUGUGUUUGGAAAAGAACAUAAGAAAAAAGAACUAAUUGGCAGUUUAGGGGAGAUCUACAGCAAGAUUGAGAAGGAACAUCAGAUCUCUCCAGGGGACUUCCCCAACCUAAAGAAAAUGCAGGAGCUAUUACAGUCUCAUGAUUUUAAUAAGUUCCAACCCCUAAAGUCCAAGCUGCUGGACACGGUGGACGACAUGCUGGCUCAUGAUAUCGCCCAACUCAUGGUGCUGGUCCAGCAGGAGGAGACGCAGAAACCCAACCAAGUGGUGAAGGGCGGCGCCUUUGAGGGCACCAUGAACGGCCCCUUCGGCCACGGUUAUGGAGAAGGAGCAGGCGAAGGCAUCGACGAGAUUGAGUGGGUGGUGGCCCGAGACAAGCCCAUGUAUGAUGAGAUCUUCUACACCCUGUCACCUGUCAACGGGAAGGUGACAGGAGCCAACGCCAAGAAGGAGAUGGUGAAGUCCAAGCUGCCCAACACUGUUCUGGGCAAGAUCUGGAAGCUGGCAGAUGUUGACAAAGAUGGCAUGCUGGACGAUGAGGAAUUUGCUCUGGCUAACCAUCUUAUCAAGGUUAAGUUGGAAGGUCAUGAGCUGCCAAGCGAUAUUCCUUUCCAUCUUAUUCCCCCUUCUAAGAGGAAAAUCACUGAAUAAAAAGACAAGGGGCAACAGGUUGGGGAACAUACAAAGGAAAGAAGUAGUACUCCUUAUUGAAGGUCAUUUUGAGCUUUCAUGAAAUUAGCUUUUGUGUUAAACCUCUGCUUUUUAGUAUGCAAUAUAAAGAAAGCAAACAAGAAGUGCAGAAGCCUUUGAGUUGCUGAAGGAAACUGAUUGCAGUCUUGGCAUUUAUACUUGUAGAAUUGAUGGUAGAUACAUGAUUCAUAGUAUUAAAGUAAUAAUAAAAUAUUCUGGGACUCAGGGCACAUAUUACCAUAAAAAUAAUAUUUAAAAACAAAUAUCUUGGUUCUCUUGUUUUAUUCUUUCUUGUACAGAUAUAUAGAAUACUGCAUUGGGGUAGUGUGUGAUAUGAGAACUGAAUGCACAACUGAGUGAAGCCAGAAGGGUUUAUCCAAGCAUCCCACCCCAAUGGUGGGCAUUCACUUCUCAUUUAUCACACUACCCCAUGCAGUAUUUUUUAUAAUCUCUGGUGAGCAUUUUUUUUUCUGCCAGAGUUCUAAAGUUUUGUGUUACUUGUGGGGGGUUCACUCUACUUAGUCUGUGUCAGUGAGUUACUAGACAGAGCGUGAACUGCAUAAAGAGUUUUAUUUAAAAUAGUAGCAACUUUGAUAACUUUUACACAAUUUAAAAUAAGGUCUGCAUUAUGUGAAACCACUGCAGAGAAAACCACAACUGCAAUUGUCUGUACUAGGAGUUAUGACAUGAUUGUAACCAAAGUGAACAGUUUAAACGUGUAACUUAAAAAAAGCAAGUUUCCUGUGGUUUUUCAGGUGUUGUGGAGCUGAAUUGUUCUUCUCUGUGUGGAGUGCCAGUUAUGUGUUUUGUUUUUUAUUUUUAUGUUUGCGGUCAAGUUUCUGUGGCAAUUUAUUUAUUUUUUUUUUCAAGAAGGCUAAAAACUUGUUAGGGAGCGUGUUAAAAUUAUGCAUUUUAACAUUUUUGCCAUCAUGAUGUUCACUAGUUUGUUCCAAGGAGGUUUGUGUUUGCUAACCUUUUUGUGAUAAGUGGCUUACCUUUAGGCAGAAUCAGAGUAUUACAAAGCAUCUUUGUCUGUGGAUGGGAGAUUUUUCGGGUGGCCGAUUUUUUUAUAGAUGUUUACGGUGACUCCCUCAUUGAAAAUGCAGAACAACUUAACAUGCUGUACUUGGUUCCAUGGGUGAUUGCUUAGAUUAUGUGUACAAUAUGUAGAUGCAUAGAGUAGCUCUAAUCAGUACAGUCGGUAUAGGGAUUUCUGCUUAAAUGGGAUUCAGCUCUUGCAAGACAGUUCUUCCCAAUGCUAUUUGUCGUUUAAUUGGGACGUCACUUUGUUGAAUGGGGAUACGGUAUUUUAAAAUGGUGAAAGGAGAUGGCUUUUCAGAGUAAGACAGGUUCGCACAGCACAGUGCAGUGAGUAUGUAAUUGCCCUGUGACUUGCUUAAACCAGGUUGAACUCUUGGAGUGUCCUGUGGUUUCUCAAGAAAGUUGCAUGUCAACAUCGCAGAUGCCUCACCUUCUGAUAAAGAUGUGAUUACAUUCUUUUUCAUUUCAUGUAGAAAUAAUCAAAAAAUAAUAAUUUUGUUCACAAAUAAAAAAAAAAAAUUGACUCGUAUUUUAAAUUAUGUAUUUCACAUGUAAUCAUAAUGUUAUGUGAUUUAUUUUCAUUUUGAAACAAAAAAGUGUGACUAAGAUCGUCUCAAAUGCCUCUUGUUUAAUUGGGACAGCUGCUUAUUCAGGAUAUUUUUACUUCUUGAUGCGUCCCAAUAAUCUACAGUAUGGUCUUGCAUAUGCACUUAUUUACUGCUAUCACAUUAUUUAUUCUUUCUUGGUGCUUUAACUUUUAAAAUAUAUUAAAUAUAGUGUAGUUAUAACGUCACACAGUUCUCGCCAUCUAGAAUACAUUGUGGGUGAGUAAUGGAAACAUUUAUUUUACAGCAUUGAGGUACAUUAAAAUCUGGUAAUACAA